AUGGUUCGCGAAGCAGGAAAGCCUCGCGGCAAAACGUCGCCCUAUGGAUUUUUUGUGAAAAUGUGUUACGAGGAGCAUAAAAAGAAAUACCCAACGGAAAAUGUUCAGGUGACCGAAAUCUCUAAGAAAUGUUCUGAAAAAUGGAAGACUAUGUCAGAUCAGGAGAAACAGCGUUUCUUCGAAUUGGCUUCCAAAGACGCAGAACGGUAUCAGGCUGAAGUUGCUGCUUUCGGAGGAGAGGAAGCAGUCAAAAAGAGGAAGCGUGGAAAGAAAGAUCCGAACGCGCCCAAGCGAGCCCUGUCAGCGUUUUUCUUCUUCUCGCAAGGCAAGCGUCCGGAGGUGCAGAAGGGACAUCCAGAUUACAAAGUUGGUCAGAUUGCCCAGGAAUUAGGACGUAUGUGGAAGGAGCUGACCGAUGAACAGAAAAAGAAGUACGAAGAAAUGGCGCUUCGGGACAAACUCAGAUAUGAAAACGAGAUGAAAGAUUACAAAUCAGGUAAGAAGCCUGCACCAAAAACUAACAAUCCUCGUACUGCUGCUUCCUCCUCGGCCCCCGCUGCAGUGGUCGGUGAUGCUGACGACGAUGACGAAGGGGACGAUUAA